AUGUCGGAAAUGCAUGAAGUACAGCUGUCCGGGCUGUGUGAAGACAGCGGUGACCUGCAGGUGGACGGCAUGCCUGGCGAGAGUGACCUUCUGCAGAUGGAGGUAGGCAGUGGGAAGCAGGAGCCAUCCCCGAAGCAUUCCUGCAGCUGGACCCUGCCACAACCCCAGGCGGAAGGCCCAGUGGAGGAGGAGGGGGUCCAGCCUAUGGUGGAACCAGAAGGGGACCGAGGCCUUGCUAACUGGCCCACCCUGAGGGAGCAGCCAGGCCUGAUCACUGGCCCUGACCUGGAGAUCAAGGAACAGGGUGAGGAAUUUGACGACUGGGAGGACAACUACAGCUGUCUGGAGGAGGAGCAGCUGAGUGGUGCAUGCUACAUAGUAUCAGCAGCCCUUGAAGAAGUUAACAGGAUGUUUCUGAGACCAUUCAGAGCAGGAGAAGCAGCACUGAGUGGCAGUUUUCAGAUGCAUUAUGAAAUGACCCUGUUUAACCAGCUGGCUUUUAUUGAAGAGCUUGUUUCACUUAUGGUUGUCAGUUGUCUAACUGAAGAACUCGGCUGUGAUGAGAUUAUUGCUAGACAGUAG